AUGAAAAGAGAACAUCUCUUUAACGAUUAUAUUUGUCCAUCAUUUAAUAAUCUUCUUGAUCAAGCAUUAAAAAAUCGAUCCAGUCGAUAUUUAAUGUUGAUUGCUGAUAGUGAAAGUACUAUUGAUUAUGUUGAACAUUUUAUUAAUGUUCAUCAACGAAAACAUCAUAUAAAAGUACGUACUAUUGUCGGUAAUUAUUUUUCAGAUGAUCUACUUCGAGGUAAUACCUAUUCUGAACAUUAUAAUUAUCGAAUCUUAAUGGAUAUUAUUCUUUAUGCUGAAACAAAUAUAACAUUAAUUAUGCGUCAAAUGGAUCAUCUUUAUGAUAAGCUUUAUGAUCUUUUUAAUCAAAAUUUUGCUAUUUCCGGAAGACAAAAGUAUUGUCGAAUAGUUUUAGGUGCUCGCUAUUAUCCACGUUGUUUAAUACAUGAUAAUUUUUAUUAUAUAGUUUUUAUUCAUAAACGAGAUGAAGAUAAAUGUGAUCCACCAUUUCUUAAUCGUUUUGAAAAACAUCUCAUUGAUAUUCAAACUUUAAUUCAUCCUCGACAUCAAUUAAUAUAUGAUGAACUUUAUAUUUGGUUAAAUAAAUUUUUACCGAAAAAUAUUGGAAAAAAUUUUCCACUUUUUGAACAUUUAUUUGUUGAUUAUAGUCAAGAUCGAAUAUAUUUUUUAAUUAUGGAAAUCUUUGAACAACUUAAUAUUUCAAUCGAUGAUCAAAAAACUGAUGAAAUUAUAAAACAUUGUCAAACAAAAUUAAUGCGUACUAGUUCAUUAGAUUUACCAUUAGUACUUUCAUUAGAACCAAACUGGUAA